AUGGAUUCAUUUGCAUUUGGUUCACCGAUGACAUUAAUGAAUCAUCAUCAUCAACAACAAUAUAUUCCACCAUCAUGGUCAAAUGUAGAAACUAAUACACGAUUUCUUUCAAUUGAUUCUCCACACCCACAACAGCAACAACAGCAGCAACAGCAGCAGCAGCAGCAGCAACAGCAACAGCAGCAACAGCAACAGCAACAUCAUCAUUGUCGCCCAACAUUUCCAAAUGACACAAAUAAUAAUAAUCAUUAUAGUAGUAUUUCAUCGCAUAUUCAACCAAAAUUAGAACCGAAUAAUAUAAUAACAAAUGGGAAUAAUGAAUCAAUUCUUGAUGAUCAACAUACAGAUGCACAUUCAUCAAUAAUAAAUGAUAAACAAACAGUUGAAUGUGUUGUUUGCGGAGAUAAAUCAAGUGGAAAACAUUAUGGACAAUAUACAUGUGAAGGUUGUAAAUCAUUUUUUAAACGUUCAGUUAGACGUAAUCUUAAUUACACAUGUCGCGGAAAUCGAAAAUGUCCUAUUGAUACUCAUCAUCGUAAUCAAUGUCAAUAUUGUCGAUUUUCUCGUUGUUUAAAAAUGGGCAUGAGACGUGAAGCUGUUCAACGUGGUCGUGUUCCAUCCGUUGCCAACACUUAUGGACAUUUUACGUUUCCACCUGAUGCACAUAAUUAUUUAAAUAAUUAUAUCUCACAUUUAGUUCGUGCUGAACCCUACUCAUUUAUCUCAAAUCGUUUACAAUCGUCAUCAUCAUCAUCAUCAGCAACACCAGCAGCGCCAGGUAGUUCAUCAAAUUCAAAUUCUUCAAUAUCAUCUGAAAAUAAUCCAAAUAUAAUGUCGAUGGAUAAUGCGUGCGAAUUAGCAGCCAGUCUUCUUUUUGGUGCGGUUGAAUGGGCACGUAAUAUUCCAUUUUUUCGAGAAUUGCCAUUAAAUGACCAAUGUCUACUAUUACAAAUAACAUGGAAUGAAUUAUUUCUAUUGAAUGCAGGUCAAUGUAACAUGCCAAUACAAGCAACACAAUUAUUUAUAUUAAAUGGUAUUCAUACAAACACCAUUGAUACUGAAAAAGUACAAACAUAUUUAGAUCAAACAAGAAAAUUUCAAGAACAAGUAGAAAAAUUUAAAUUAAUGCAUUUAGAUCAUGCGGAAUAUUCUUGCUUAAAAGCUAUUAUUCUUUUCACGCCAGAUGCACCAGGUCUAUCUGAUCCAGGUCAUAUUGAUAAUUUACAAGAAAAAUCUGUUCUUGCAUUAGAAGAAUAUGUUAAAAGUCAAUAUCCAUCUCAUAUGAAUCGUUUUGGCAAAUUACUUCUUCGUUUGCCAUCGUUAAAAUUAGUCAGUUCACAUGUUAUAAAAGAAAUUUUUUUUGUUCGUUUGGUUGGUAAAACACCGAUUGAAUCACUCAUUCGAGAUAUGCUAUUAACAAAUAGUUCAUUUCCAAAUGGAACAGUUUCAUCAACAUCAGCAGCAUCAGCAUCAUCAUCAUCAUCAUCAACAACAGCUACAGCAGCGACGACUGCUUUUAAUAUUAAUUCAACUCAAGUAUCAAAUCAAUAUUCAACGUUUCCACAGUAA